AUGGCACCCGGGCCGUUGUAUAUCGGCUUCGACCUCUCGACCCAACAACUCAAAGGCCUCGUGGUCUCCUCCGACCUCAAAGUCGAAUAUGAAGCCAAAUUCGACUUUGACGCCCAUUCCCACGGCUUCGAUAUCAAAAAGGGCGUCAUGACAAACGAAGCUGAACAUGAAGUCUUUGCGCCCGUAGCCAUGUGGCUGCAAGCAUUGGAUUCUGUUCUGAAGACCCUGAAAGAUCAAGGGUUGGAUUUUGGUCGGAUAAGAGGAAUUAGUGGUGCGGGACAACAGCAUGGGAGUGUUUAUUGGAGUAAAGAUGCGGAGAAGUUGUUGCAGAGUUUGAGAUCUGAGAAGUCAUUGGAGGAGCAACUUGCAGAUGCGUUUUCCCAUCCGUAUAGUCCCAAUUGGCAGGAUGCGAGUACCCAGAAGGAAUGUGAUGAGUUUGAUGCGUAUCUGGGUGGACCGGAGGAACUUGCCCAUGUGACGGGGAGUAAGGCGCAUCAUCGAUUCACCGGCCCUCAGAUUCUGCGCUUCCAUCGAAAGUACCCAGAACAAUACAAAAAGACAUCAAGGAUUUCGCUUGUAUCUUCUUUUCUAGCGUCACUCUUCUUAGGAAGAAUCGCCCCCUUUGAUAUAUCAGACGUCUGUGGAAUGAAUCUAUGGAAUAUCACGGCAGGAUCAUGGGACGAUCGCCUGCUCAAACUGUGCGCAGGGCAGUUCGGAGUUGAUGACUUGAAGCAAAAGCUUGGAGAUGUGCCCGAAGAUGGCGGGCUUCAUCUGGGUAAGAUUCACGAGUACUUUGUUGAGAGGUAUUCGUUCAACCCUGACUGCAUAAUCAUGCCUUCAACGGGCGAUAACCCGUCGACUAUCCUUGCACUACCGCUGAAUCCAUCCGAUGCAAUGGUUUCGUUGGGUACUUCGACUACGUUUUUGAUGUCUACGCCCAUGUAUAAACCGGAUUCCGCAACUCAUUUCUUCAACCAUCCUACAACACCGGGAUUACACAUGUUCAUGUUAUGUUACAAGAACGGCGGAUUGGCGAGAGAACAAGUCCGGGACGCAAUUAAUAAGCAAGUGGGUGGGAACACUGCAGGUAAAAAUCCAUGGGCGAAUUUCGACAAGGCCGCACUGGAGACUCCGGCUAUGGGCCAAAAGAGCGCCUCUGAUACCAUGAAGAUGGGUCUUUUCUUCCCACGACCAGAAAUCAUACCCAAUCUGCCGUCUGGCCAGUGGAGAUUCAAUUACAACCCACAAGACAAGAGUCUUGAAGAAACAACAUCCGGUUGGGAUAUACCGUUGGACGAGGCCCGUGCCAUUGUAGAAAGCCAAUUCUUAUCGCUGCGACUUCGUUCGCGAGGACUUACUACCGCUCCCGCCGAGGGUCUCCCACCACAGCCAAAGCGAGUUUACCUUGUUGGAGGAGGAUCGAAAAACACUGCAAUCGCUAAGAUUGCGGGAGAGAUCUUGGGUGGCCAUGACGGUGUUUACAAGCUCGACGUGGGGGAGAAUGCAUGCGCGCUUGGUGCAGCGUACAAGGCUGUUUGGGCAAUCGAACGGCAACCGGGCCAGACUUUUGAGGAUUUGAUUGGAAAGCGGUGGCGUGAAGAGGAGUUUGUUGAGAAGAUCGCGGAUGGCUAUCAGCCGGACGUCUUCAAGAAAUACGGUGUCGCCGUGGGAGGGUUCGAGCGGAUGGAACAGCAAAUUCUGCAGCAAGAAGGACGGAAGUAAAUAAUAACCUAGAUAGUUUUUCUCUGUAUUUAGAAGAAUAGACGAGAUGUCAGCAGAUUCAAGAAUCA